AUGGACGAAUUUUCAGAGUGCUCUAAUAGAGCCGUUAUGUGUGCUACAUGGGCGGCUCGCGGUGAAUGCACCAACAACCCGUCAUGGAUGUUCGAGAACUGUCGACAGGCAUGCAAUCGUUGUGGCACGACCAGACAGCAAGUGUGCUACGGCGGUGGUGGUUCCAAUACACCAUCCCCUCCUGCAACGACCCAAGCCUCCAUCAGGUAUGUGCAGAUGGUUCAUUUUUUUGCAAAAGUGGUCAAAAAUAGUCUUCGGGAAAGGCAGAAACCUAUUCCCGAUUGCUUUUCAGGUGGCGGCACCUGCAUAAACCAGCACUAUUGCUGCCUGGCAUGGGCAGCCCGAGGCUACUGCACCACUUCGGCUGCAUACAUGGCUCAGUACUGCCCGCCUUCCAUGCAAUCAGUGCCGUGGAUCAUCACCAAAUCCAUUCUGGAACUCGCAGAGUGA